UACCCUCCCAAAAUAAAUUCUCCACUUGCUUUCAAUGGGGAUGAGAGAAAAGCGUGACACCGGCCCGAUGCCAAAGCGUGCAGCAGGAAGAUACAGGUUUCCUCAAGGCCAAAACUUUUCCUCAUACUUUAAUGAAUUGGAGUUAGAGAAAGUUUCAACAGAUCGGAGGCUGGAAGAUGGGCCGUACAAAGUCUGGGAAGAAUGAUACUGGACUAGGAGGUGCUGGAAGCAGCAGUUUAAGUCCUUCCACCAAUGACAACAGCAAUGGUGCUCCAAGUACAGCCCAGCCAGAAACACGUAUCAGAGAAUUGCUUAAGGAACUUUUUGGUUUGGUCAGAGAUGUUCAGGAGGAAAGGUCAAGGGGAGAGCAUAACUUGAUCAAUAUUUCCAAAACACAUGAAAGAAUGCAACAAGAGUCAAGAAUCACUCCUUAUUACAAAAACAAGCUUCGAGGACUAUACCAUACAGCAAUGCAAGAUGCAGAGACAGAGGCUGAACUUCUCCGAAAAGCAUUAGAUAAGAUCACAGAGAUCAAGUCCAUCCGAGAAAAUAGACGACAUGAGUCAGACAGACCAAAGCAGAUCAUGCGAAGGGGUGUUCUAAUGACAAUGUUGCAGCAAAAUGCUGUGACACUUCCUCUCUGGGUCAGCAAGCCAGGGGAAAAACCACCACCUCUGUGUGGUGCCGUUCCUGCAGACAGCAACUACAUUUGCAGAACAGGUGACAAGGUGGCAGCUCGAGUACGGAGCCAAGAUGGAGAGGAGAACUGGAUUCUGGCAGAGGUGGUCUCAUUCAGUCCCCAGACAAACAAGUAUGAUGUGGAUGACAUUGAUGCUGAAGAGGGCAAAGAACGUCAUUCUAUCAGCCGGAGACGAGUAGUUCCACUUCCUAUCUGGAAGGCAAACCCAGAGACAGACCCUGAGGCUCUCUUUGCAAAGGGCACGUUAGUGUUGGCACUUUACCCUCAGACAACCUGUUUUUACCGGGCACUUAUUGAUAGCCCACCAGCAGGGCCACAGGAUGACUACUCUGUAUUAUUUGAAGACACAUCAUAUUUAGAAGGGUACUCUCCGCCUCUCAGCGUUGCACAACGAUAUUUGAUUGCCUGCAAGGAUGAUAAGAAAAAGUGAGGCAGGUUUUGCUGGACAUGAACACAAAGCUCAUUCAUGAGAAACUCUUGGCACUGAUUCAGCAAGAAAUCAGAGAAGUGUGCUUUUCAGCUUUGAGCCUCACUGUUACAUGCUGCAGAGAAGGCUUGAGAAUGAUGCAGAGAAAAUCUUGAAGGCAUUUGUUUACUUUUUGGCAUAGAUUUCCUGGAUGCUAUUAUCACUUAAAUUAAUUCCUUUCUCAUGAACAGAUACCAAUUUUCUGUACUGUUGAAGGAGAGGAAGGUUGUCUGAGUCUCCCAUUUCAUGCAGCAUUGUAUUUGACUGGUUAGCUUCCAAAAGACCAUUGCAAAGACAUUGGUGAAAUUUUAUCAAUAAAAGCCAUAAUAAGAUCUUUUUCUCCUCUUUCCAUCCCUUCUUAUAGAUAUCCUACCACCUAUCUCCUCUAACUUUUUUUUUGUACUGGCUCCUUACCUGUCAACAUCCCCACCAAGCACACAUACACUGUCCCUUUCCUUAUUACCUAUUGCUCAAUUGUCGCUAUCCAUCUCUUUUGCGUUGCUAGAUCACCUGACUGGCAUAUUGCCAUCUUUGAAGUAGAGUGUGGUCAUGAAGUUCUGUCUCUAUAGAGGUAAUCACUGUUAUAAAAAAACUGUUACAAUAACCAGUUGUGUAUAUUAGAUCAAGCCAUUUCUACCAACACAGUCAAGACAAGCCAGUCAGCUAGGUGUCUUUAUCUACGUUUAUCAAUUUGCAUAUGCAACACAGAAUGCAUAGUAUUUCCAAGAGGCAGCACUACUGGUGUUUAUCUCUUCCCUUACUUUUUGUGCCCACAAAAGCAAACACCUUCAUAGCUAUAGCUGAAUUACUUCGAUGCACUAGUCUUAAAUGAGUUGAUAGCAUCUUUAUUGAGUUCAGAAAUGAGGUUCUUCCAGCUUGCCUCAAUUUUUGAUUUGGUGGGUCAUUUGAGGCAACCCAUUUCUGUCACUACAAAGUAGUUGUGAUUUGUAAAUGAAGAGUGAGCGGAAUAAUGCCUUUUUUGGUCAAAAGAUUGGUACUUUGGCCACCUGCUUAAGUACCUUUCACAAAACAAUUUAGAGGUAAGUAAGGUAGUUUGAUUUGUGGGUUUUUCCCUGUCCUGUCAAUCUUGGGAUUUUUUUUUUUUUUUCAUUUUGCCAUGCCUAACCCAGAGAUAACUGUGUGCACGUACUGAAAUGCACAGAAUAAGACUUUGUCCUUGAGAUGGUUCCUGUGUAGUUUAUCUGUGAUGAAAAAGAAAAAAAAAGUUGGAUAGCCGUUGUGGCCUCCCCUUUCCACCUUGGUAGUGCAACACCAACAGCUCAGUCUGUACAUGCAGGCUUACUCUUCAUUUGAGAAUAUUGGAUGAUGUUGUGACACUUAAGAUAUAUCUGGGGCCAUAAGCCAUACUUUACCUGUCAUUUCAUUCUUAUUAUUUAAUAAAGUACAUUGGUUGUCUACAUUCAUCUAUGUCGCACAGUGCAGUUACUGUCAUCUGUAAAACUGUUGUCAAGUGCACUUUGGCAGAGAUGUAACACCUUUGCUGAACUUCAUAGGAGGUGCAGCUUUGAAUAAUAGUCAUUAAAUAUUUGACUUCAAAAAUCCUGUGCUAGGAAUUAUUUGCUGAGGCAAAAUGAUGUAUAUGAAUACUAAAGGCUACAUGGGUUAUACCGUAAUGAAUGCUUGUUAAUGAAUUUACUGAGUACAUUCAAGUAAAGCAGUGGGAUUACUACCUGCUACUGAUGAUGGGGGAUGUGUGAGCUAUACCAGCAGCUGCAUUUAUGAUCUGUGAGAGUGUGACAGGUCUGUCAUCUGCGGGACAAAGAAUCGCACUCUACAGAACACUGAAUUGGUGCUGACUGUGCAACCAUAUGUAUGCAGUGAUAAAAGUAUAUGUACAUGGUAACAAUAUUUCAUGCCUACACAAAUCGUGUGGUUUUGUGUAUACUUUUUUGGAGGAUGGAAAGUGUACUUGUAUGUUAGUCUGUAAAUAUUAAUAAAACCAGUUUUUUUCAUUGAUUAAAGUGUGCUCAGUGAG